AUGGCUUAUGCAAACUUAACAUCCUCUAUUUCUUCGUUGUUGCACGAAAAUGAUACUCCCGAGGUCCCCAUCAUCGAUGACGGCGAGCCUCUGUCGGGAUCUUUCAUCGGGAGCAGUUAUUUCAUCCAAUCGAUUCCUGAUGCGUCUUACACCUUUGAGGAAAUGCGAUCUGCUCCCAUAACACCGUAUCUGAGACCGCUCAUAGCGUCUCUCGCCGAGAAUUCUCAUCAUACGAUGAUCAUUUCCGCAUUGAUGAUCGCGAAAUGGGAGUUUGGAAAUGUAGUCGACGGUGAUGUGGGUGUAAACGAAACCCGAGGAUAUGCCUGCGAAUACGUUGCCUGGCAGUUCCUAUGCCAUCUUACGAAACGUGAGUCCAUUGACUUUCUCCUUCAAGAGCUGCCCGUUCCCAAGAGGAACUCUGUUACUUUAAGCGAAGCGGAGAGGGGCUCGUCUGCAUUCCCGUCUCCGGGUUUUUUUGGCGACCAGAUAGUUGAUGAAAGGGGACCACUGUUAUGGAGCUCAUCAUCCUCUCUUUAUCGUCUUCUCGGUGGCAGAGGUAGUGGAAACGGAUAUACCCAAGAAACGCAAGUUAAGGAUGAGGACACUGGUGCGAACAAUCAUCUCUCUUUUUUCUUCGGGUUAAAUGCACUCGAAAUCGCAACGAUCGCACAUGCCAAGAAGUUUCUCGCCCAGAGAGUUGUCCAGAGGGUGAUAGAUGAUAUCUGGAAUGGGGAGAUUAUCUUCUGGGAUUCACUUAGUGUAUAUUCUAGGAAGAAACCCCGGUUUUUCAACAGAAAAACGGCGGAUCCAUACUCACGCCUCAGAGUCCCCGCAUAUCGCAAAGCUUUCGAAGCUGCCUUUUUUGUUUCCUUUCUGAUAUUAUAUUACGCAGUCUUGGUCGAGCGGAAGCCUACUGGAGUUGGCGUAUUUGAGACCUUGAUGUAUAUCUGGAUUGCUGCAUUUGCUUAUGACGAGGUCAGCGGCAUGAACGAUGCUGGAAUUGUUUUCUACCAGAUGGAUUUUUGGAGUUUAUGGAAUAUGGCAAUUAUUGGCACUGGAGUCGCUUUUGUCGUCGCAAGAACCGUGGGGCUAGUCGAACAGAGCGAGUCCAUUACAGAUUUGUCUUUCGACAUUCUUUCUCUGGAGGCGUUGUUCCUGGUACCAAGGCAAGUUCUUGAAGCGAGCAACAUAGCCUCUGCUACUGGGGAUUGACCACCUCUUGGUGAACAGGAUCUGCUCACUUGUGAGCCUAAAUUCUUACUUUGGAA